CGACUCCGGCUUCACUCUGUGCUGAACGUUCGUUGAAUGCGGUUCUCGCAGCGCGUUACGAAGCUUUUUCCCCGAGUAGACACAAUCGCGUAUCGCUCCCCGCAUAUAGAGGGCGCUACCCGAGAGAUACAAUAGUGGUUGAGGCCAGAAUUAGUGUCGGCUGCAUGUGGAUAUACAUAUCUGCAGGCCGAUCCGCCGAAACGAUUCGUUGCUCUGGAUAUCCGGGUGGACUUCUUUAAUUUUUCCUUUCAUUCGUUGGCUUGGCGAAGCGUCAGCAACGCCAGCUCUUAAAGAUUAAACAUUCGGGGCCACCAGCACGCAAUUCCGCAGCCCGAGAUGCCGACCAUCCGGCGCUGCUGCAUCAUCGGAUGUUUGUCCAACUCACGCCAGCAUCCCAGCAUGCAGUUCUUCGCCUUUCCUCGUCCGGAAAACCCCUUCCACAAGCUUUGGAAGGAGGCGUGCCACGCAUCACUGCGCAGGAUCGUGCCAUUUAAAAAGCCUGUCGUCUGUGCUCUGCACUUUGAUCCCAGUGUCCUGGGUGGACGCAGACUCCAGUCCAAUGCCUUGCCUACCCUCAGGCUCGAGGUGCCAUCCAACUUAGAGGCCGUGGAGCAGCAGGCGAUGGUCGAAGAGAUCGAGAGAAGCAGGAAGUGCGCCUACAUAAAUGCGGUGGUGUACGAGUGGUUGGUUAGGGCCAACAUCAAUCCCCAGUUGAGAGGAAGCAUCACACACGGAAUGAUUAAGGACAAGGCAGAGAAUGCUCGCCAGGUCAUCGGAAGCACCGCUUUCAUCGCAGACAAUCGUUGGCUAAACCGCUUUAGGGAGACGCAUCUCCAGGGAUUUGCUCAAAAACUGGCAACCAAUCAGCUGAAGCCCCUGGGCACCUCAUUGUGGAUCCCGGAUAUUGUUCAAGAUCUGGCGCAUCUGUUUCCGCCCGCAAGCGCCGAACGAGUGGCGAAACUGGACGAAAUGCCCGAGCAGUACAUGAAUUACAUGCAGCAGUAUGGAGAAUACGAAGAAGAUGACGACAGUCAGGAUCUGAAAGAACAGAGAUACCAGGAACAGCAGCAGCAACAACAACAACAACAGCAGCAGCACUUUGCUCUCCAACAACAACACAUGCAGCAGCAAUUGGGACACCCAUGGCCUCCGUUUCCCGGGCAUCCGGGUCAUCCUCCGCACCCGGGAUUUGCUGGCUUCAAUGACUUUUACUUUGAGCGGCAGAUGCAGCAGCAGAUUCAACAACAACAACAACAGAUGCAGCAGCAGGCACCGUUUCCACAAAGGGAACCCUUUCAGCCCCAAUUACCACCUAACGGUCCAACCCAAAGGGCUAGUCCAUUCCAGCCCGUACAAUUGGCUAAGAGACCUAAAGUAGAGUCACUAGACGACGAUGAAGUCCAGGAAAUCAACUCGUCGGCGACCUCCCCAACAAUGCCGCAGGCCGAAUCUACUUUGAUCAGCAAGGAUAGCCGCAGCUCGAGUCCUAAGGAGCAGAAUAAUAACAACUGUGGAGGAAGAGACAGUGCCAGUAGCAAGGAGAACGCUCCAAAGGGAAACGGCGGGCUGAGUGGGAAGUCCACUCCAGCAUCCUCCAUUAAGGGCAAGGACUCUCCUGCUCCAGGUGCUCCGGCCUCUAUGCCCUCAUCGCCGAAAAAGAUUGCCAAUGGUGCAAGUCAAGUAACCGGCAGUCACACAAAUGGUCACUCAUCUCCAGAACCCGAGGGCAAUCAUAGCAUGGCCAUGCUGAAGGAACUGGACAGCUAUACACAAGCAUUGGAAUAUCUUAAGCCGCUGGAAGAUUUUGUGCUCUUUAAGGAGAAUUUCCGGGCAAUUGGUCUGCUCUCCCAGCUGGAAUUGGUGCUUCGCAAAGGCGACAAGGCAACGCUGGCCGAGGGUUAAGACAGUGUGGGUCUUAACCAAUUUGUAGAGCAUAAAACCAAAUGUGAUGAACAAUGUAUAUAUGUAUUAAAUAGUAUUACUAAUUUGUCCAACUAUUAACUGAGUUAUGUAAUAUAAAGGGAAA